CCUGCGCGCGCGUCUUGUACUUAGUGUAAUUUGAUGCUCAAGAAAGGUUUGCCAUCACAUGGUGGAAAUUUCCACGCGCUCCUCCUAGUUAAAUGGUUUGAUGUGGAGGGGUAGCCACCAGUCCACUCGUGUCUUUUUCACCGGGAGAGAUUUGCGGUAAUUCCAGGCUUAGUUUUCCUUUUCCAUAAACGACGUCAACACAUCAGUAGACAUGAGCCGGAUCGAGCUGAGGAACGUGAGCACAGAGGCGGACGACGAGAGCAGCGUGGACGAACGCUUCACAGAACCUAUUGAUUCAGAGAAAGCCACCAUAAACAGUCAGUUUCUGGAUGAAGACGAUGGUGAGAGCCAGAAGUUUCUCACUAAUGGAAUGGUGAAGAAGAAUAAAUAUGAGGAAUACCAGGAAGAAUAUCAUCCGGGUCACGCGUCGUUUGGGAUGUCCGUCUUUAACCUCAGUAAUGCCAUCAUGGGCAGUGGAAUUCUGGGAUUGUCUUUCGCCAUGGCCAACACCGGCAUCUUGCUCUUUGUAAUUCUUCUGUUUGGAGUCGCCAUCCUGUCGCUGUAUUCUGUUCAUCUGUUACUGGUGACGGCCAAAGAGGGAGGCUCACUGAUCUACGAAAAGCUUGGGGAGAAAGCCUUUGGCUGGCCGGGAAAAAUGGCGGCAUUUGGAUCUAUAACUCUACAGAACAUAGGAGCCAUGUCCAGCUAUCUGUUCAUAGUCAAAUACGAACUGCCAGAAGUGAUAAAAGCGUUCCUCGGCCUGGAGGAGAAUUCUGGUGAAUGGUACCUGAACGGUAAUCACUUGGUGGUGUUUGUGUCCAUCGGAAUCAUUCUACCACUCUCCCUGCUGAAAAACCUCGGGUAUCUGGGGUACACCAGCGGCUUUUCUCUGUCCUGCAUGGUGUUCUUCCUGGGCGUGUUGAUCUAUAAGAAGACGAUCCUCCCGUGCCCUCUUCCCUUCUUUUACCAACACGAGUCAAACAUGAGUAUAAACGGUUCUGAUGCGUUAGGUCUGUACGCGCUGCAGAACGCCUCGACGCUGGUGUACUUCUCUGACGCGGCGGUGAACGGACCUCACCUGGAUCCUCACACGCCCGUCCAUGACGCCACGGUCCAGUUCACGUCUCCCCACGAAGACGCCGCAGACAUGUGCACGGCCAAAUACUUUGUGUUCAAUUCUCAGACUGUUUACACUGUUCCCAUUCUGGCCUUUGCAUUCGUGUGUCACCCUGAAGUUCUGCCCAUCUACAGCGAACUGAAAGAUCGUUCUAGGAAGAAGAUGCAGACCGUUUCAAACCUGUCGAUUUUGGCAAUGCUGGUUAUGUAUCUGCUUUCUGCCCUCUUUGGAUAUCUGACCUUCUAUGAUCAUGUGGAGGCAGAGUUGUUACACACAUUCACUAAGGUGUAUAAGUUUGAUACGCUGCUUCUGUUGGUGCGUUUGGCUGUGUUGACGGCAGUAACGUUGACUGUUCCCAUAGUGCUGUUUCCUAUUCGUUCAUCAGUCAUCACGCUGUGUUUCUCAGGGAAAGAGUUCAGCUGGAUCAGACACAUCCUCAUCGCUGCUGCAAUUCUGGCGUUCAAUAAUCUACUCGUGAUUUUCGUCCCCACCAUCAGGGAUAUCUUUGGCUUUAUCGGUUCAUCUGCUGCCACAAUGCUCAUCUUUAUUCUUCCGGCAGCAUUUUACCUGCGACUGGUCAAGAGUUUACCACUCAAAUCACCACAGAAAAUAUCAGCGGCCAUUUUUCUGGUGGUGGGUAUCAUCUUCAUGAUCGGCAGCUUGUCUCUCAUCGUAUUAGACUGGAUCCACAACCCGCCUGGCUCUAAAGGUGCUCACUAAACAGUGCACUCAGAAGGUGCUGAAACUGAAGACCCUCCAUCACAAGAACAUGGAUGUUCAGUUUGGAUUGAACCCUGUGACUCCACCUCCCCCUCUUUCUCGUCCAGCUCUCGCUUGUUGUUUUAAGUUCUCAUUUAUGUUUUCUCAAACCUUGCAUCACUGUUUUCACGAGUGUCAGAUAGACGUGAAAGUGAAUUCACGGGGGAGAAUGACAGCGGGCACAAGUGACGCUUCUCCAUAAUGACGCGGACGAUUGUUGCGUCUCUCCCGCAGAUAGAGAUGUUUAAAGACCCCAUGAAAUCAAAACUGGAGUUUUGUAUGAGGAGCUUAGAAGUCAUCUCCAUGCUAGUGUAUGUUAACUGAACUUUCAGCAGACGUGCAUUUCAAAUUUGCAGUCUUUUUUUUUUUGUUGAGAAAACUGAGCGAAAAUAUUGGUGACAUCAUCUUGCACUCAGGGGUGUAUGCAAAUUAUUAUCCAAUAAAAUGCUCACUAGAAUGAAAAUGUCCCCUCGCCAUAACGCUGUGAGGUAAACUAAAGACUAUUAGCUAUUAACUAUUAUUAGGCAUUUAGCAUUGAAAAGUUUCACCGCUUUUUAUUUUUAAUAAAAUUAUUUUAUUUUAUUUUAAAUUGGAAUAUUUUAUUUACGACUUGCUGAAUAGUCUCCAUGGUAAUUUUCCAUAAUGGGGCAAUGAUUGCCCCCUGGAUUUGAUUUUCAGGGGCAUUUUUGACCUUUUUAUAAGGGCUUUUUUUACAUAUAUAAAAUGUACUGUCACUCUUUUAUUGAAAUACCUCAAAAUAAUAAAUGUACAUAAGUUCUCAGUAUGAAUAAUUAGACUGAGAAUAUAUAUUACGUCCUACCCAUAAAUUGAAUCAACGACAAAUUCUAUUUCAUGUGAUAAUGUCGAUAACUAGGCUUAGAAUUGAGUAUUAAGAACUAUAUCAAAUGUUAUAAAUUAUUAAUAUUUUUUUUAAAACAUUACAGGGGCAUUUUUUGCCUCCACAUUUUGAAUUUCAAGGGCAUUUUUGUUACAUUUGGUGGUGUUUUUGCCCCAAGCCCCCCUUAAUUUUUGAUAUGCAUAUAGAAAAAGCAUGAACACUAAUGCUUAGCGUUGCAUUUUUGCUAUGCUUCUAAAAUUUCUCAAAUCCAUGAAAGUUUACAUUUUCAGGGGAAAUAAACUUUUUUUCAAUCAGUAAACAUGUUGGGAAUUAAAAUAAACGAUUACAGGUCAAAUACAUACUUGGAAAAUUGCUAAAUUUGCUCAAAGUAUUAGCAAUUGUGUCGACUAGCCUUUUUCCUUUUUGUGCGACUAGCAAGCUCGGACAGUCAGUAUGCAAAUAUUUCCCGCCAAAACUCUUGUCAUGAUCCAGUUCAGAGUGUCGGCUAUUGUUAUGUGCUGUUUGGGAUGAAUAUUUAAUAAAUAUUAGAUGUUAUUUAAUUGCUUGAAAUAAAUGUUGCAGUUAUGCUAUGCUGGGUCAACACACAAAACUGCAUUUCUCAAGUGAUUUCAUGGGGUCUUUAAUACAGAGAGAGAGAGUUGGGUCGAAUGGUUCAUCGAAUGAAGAGCACUUUUGUUUUGUUGUCAUCAAAUACACUUUCAUACUCAUGUUUGACUUCAUCAGGCAACAUUAGUCAUUGAUAAUUUUUUGUUUAUUUUUAAAAGUAUAGCUCACUCAAACUUGAGGAUACGAUUCAUUUUUGGAUGAACUAUUCCUUUAACAUUACCAUUUGAAUCACAUUUCCUCUAUGCGAGGGGAAAGGUCCAGUUAUCAAACUUUUGUACCAAAAUGAAGAACAUGUGCAUACAGUCUGGUCCGAGAAACUGUAGUUUUCCUCUCAAGUGGUUCCAUGCAACCUGAACGGCGUAGUUGGACAGUCUACACGAUAACAGGGAGAUUUCUGACCGAUACCUCUUUAUUAAGAGGAUUUUAUAAUCCGUGAGCUCAGCGAGUGAACUCUUUGUUGCCCUCGAGUUCUUGCUUUUCAACGCAGAUGUCUCAACAGCAGCAAUUAGCUUACAGAAGGAGUUUAGAUAACAUUUGAACCGCAUUAUGCCACGCCAAAUGGGCCGUGCAAUGAACACGGUAACUGCUGACUCAUUUUAUAAAAUCAAGUCAUCACGCACAAGCCCCGACCUGAAACGGCCUUCAGAUCGCUCGCCUCGAGCUUGAUAAAUCGGCUUGUAUUUUAAAUGCAUGAUUUGUGCCUUCGCCAUCUCCCUGUGCUGUAUCCGACUGCACUGCCUUGCUGGAGAAAGUUACGUUUACAGAACUGAGCGUUAACGGACAGUCGCACUUUUCUACGAUAAGCGCUCGGACAGGUCCAGCCAAAGUGGACGAUAUUUAAAGAUCCUUUGGUGAUCGACUUAACUCAUAAAGCAAAUAUUUCAAAUGAAAUGGUAUGAUAUUUUUGCAUGUUUUAAAUCACAAACAUGGUCUUUUUGGACAUUGUAUAUGGUCUGUAAAUAGUCUUUAGGGGGGGUCAUUGAUGGAUGCUGGAAGGGACGAUGCAUCAAAUGUUCGCCUGUAGAGUUUUAAUCUUUUUGAUGUUGUUGUAUGUUUCUGCCAUCAUGCCUUUUUUUUUCUUUUGUAAAUUUGUAGAAAAGUCAUUGUAUUUCUAUUGUACCUCCUUGACCGUUUUUAUGCUAAAAAUGGAGUUGUUACUUGAUUAGUUAGCAGGCGAAAUGGUACUUGAGACUCCCAGAGGCUCGCGUACGGCUCACUUGGAAAAACAAGGGCCGUAGUUCCUCCUGUGAUUCAUGUAGAAUGGAAUUUCCGUCAUUUAGAGAAGCUACAUCCUGGAACUCCAAAAUUAUGUUUAAGUGGCAACGCUUAUUACGCCAAAAUGGGAGUUUUAUAAAAUUCUUUUGAUUUUGUUCAUAAUAAAAUGGCGUUUCGAACAGAAUGGUUCGCCCAUUGAGGUUGCUACCAAACGAUUUUAAAACUGCCCUUUUGUUUGUUUUUACAUGGCAGUCAAGUAGAGACGUCACAGUUUUCAUGAAACUCUGAAUUCCGGUAAUUCCGGCGUGACGUGAAUGCAGCAUUAUUUAACGUCUCUGAAUCUGAGCUACAGACGAUACAUCAGACGAAUGUUCGGCUAUUUUAAACAUCUGUUAUGUUUUUGAAAAACCACCUGCCACAGAUUGUGUUGAGAUGUUUAGCAAGAUUGUCCUCCACCGUUUACCUCUGAAAACUACGUAUUGGACUGUUGAACAUUGUACAAUGUAUGUGUGUGUUCGUAAAUGUCUUUAAAAUGUAAUAUGUAUUUUAAAGUCAACAUGAAAUCAAACUUCACCCGAUUUACUUAAUUCACACUUCUGGACUUCUUGUGCACAAUUUAUCAUGUACGUUACUUAAAAGUUAAAUAAAAUAGUUUCCGGAAUCUUUCGUCAAAAUAUAAUAACUUGCUCCGCCCCACAAGCAUCUUUGCGUUUUGGAUGACAUCAGUAAGGCCUCUUAUUUUUAAGCCCAUCCCCUCCAACACCCUGGCUCCAUUCUGGUAUGUUAAACCCACUUUUUACAGUCCAGUCAAUUCCUAAUGGAUUAAAUCCCCCUAUAUAUAUAUUUCAUUCAGAAAUGUUUCGCAUUACAGAAGUAAAAUGGGUUGCAAACGCUAUUUCAUGUUGACUUUGUGUUUUUGUGCUCCUGAACACAACGGUUGGUCUGUAUGCUGGUUUGUCUUGCUGCUCUUUGUCUGUAGCUUCCUUCAGGGAUGAUGUGCAGGAAGUUUAUCGAUUCCUCAUUCAAACUGUGUUCUGAAUGUACAAAAUGUAAAUGUAGUUUUCAUUUGUUUGUUAAUGUGAAAUGAACUCAGUAUCCAGUAUUUUUAGCUGAUGUAGAGGAACACAGGAAGUCUUGAGAAAUGAGGUUAAACCUCGUCCGCUCACUAACUGCCAUCAAAACCAACAAAACUGUUAAUCCACCGUCAGCCAAUCAGCUGCGGCCUUCUGCGGAUCAACUAAUCACAAGAUGUCAGUGGAGGAUUUUUGUAUCACUGAAGCUGUGUCUGUAUUAUGUAACAUGAAAAAUAAAGAAAUAUGAAAUGA